AUGGAUCUAAAAACCGGAAUCGUGAUUUUGGUCUUCACCCUACUUGCGAUUAGCCAUGUGUCAUUGGGUGAUGAUGACUGCGAUAAUUUUUACUAUUGUGGCUCAGCAGAAUCGUUAUCUCUUGCCUGUUUAUUAUUUUUAGAUAUUAAUGACUGCGCGUCAAACCCCUGCCAGAAUGGUGGGACAUGUCAUGAUCAAGUUAAUAGUUAUACAUGUGAUUGUGUACCGGGUUACACCGGACCAUCAUGUGAAACAGAUAUCGACGAAUGCAGCCCAAACCCGUGCCAAAAUGCAGGAAUCUGUGAAGAUGGAGUAAAUAUGUAUUCUUGCACAUGUGGGACAGGAUAUACUGGAACAACUUGUGAAACAAACAUUGAUGAUUGCACUCCGAACCCUUGUCAGAAUGGAGGUUCAUGCACUGAUGGAAUCAAUGAUUAUACAUGUUCUUGUGCAUCUGGUUAUACAGGCUUAACAUGUGAAACAGAUAUUGACGAUUGUUUACUGAAUCCUUGUCAGAAUGGAGGUUCAUGUGUGGAUGGAGUCAACAUGUAUACUUGCACAUGUGUUGCCGGAUACACUGGAAACAAUUGUAAUGAAAAUAUUGAUGAUUGCACUCCGAAUCCUUGUCAAAAUGGUGGUUCGUGCGCUGACGGAGUCAAUGAUUAUACAUGUUCUUGUGUAUCUGGUUAUACGGGCUUAACGUGUGAAACAGAUAUUGAUGAUUGCACUCCGAAUCCUUGUCAAAAUGGUGGUUCAUGCGCUGACGGAGUCAAUGAUUAUACAUGUUCUUGUGCAUCUGGUUAUACGGGCUUAACGUGUGAAACAGAUAUUGAUGAUUGCACUCCGAACCCUUGUCUAAAUGGUGGUUCGUGCACCGAUGGAGUCAAUGAUUAUACAUGUUCUUGUGCAUCUGGUUAUACGGGUUCAACGUGUGAAACAGAUAUUGAUGAUUGCACUCCGAAUCCUUGUCAAAAUGGUGGUUCGUGCACUGACAAAGUCAAUGAUUAUACAUGUUCUUGUGCAUCUGGUUAUACGGGCUUAGCGUGUGAAACAGGUAUGAUGGCUUCAAUCGAUAUUGAUGAUUGCUUUCCAAACCCUUGUCAAAAUGGUGGUUCGUGCACUGAUGGAGUCAAUGAUUAUACAUGUUCUUGUGCAUCUGGUUAUACGGGCUCAACGUGUGAAACAGAUAUUGAUGAUUGCUCACCAAAUCCUUGCCAGAAUGGUGGUUCUUGCUCUGAUGGAAUUGAUAGCUAUAACUGUUCAUGUGAUGUCGGAUAUUCCGGAGUUGACUGUGCUCAAAAUAUCGACGAUUGUGUGCCAAACCCUUGUAAGAAUGACGGAACGUGCACCGACGGAAUCAAUAGUUAUACAUGUUCUUGUGUAUCCGGAUAUUCUGGCCCAUCUUGCGAAACAGAUAUUGAUGACUGUUUACCCAACCCUUGUCAAAAUGGCGCUACUUGCUUGGAUGGAGUCGAUUCCUAUAAUUGUUCCUGCCUUGCUGGAUAUUCAGGCAUCAACUGCGAUCAGAAUAUUGAUGACUGUUCUCCAAAUCCGUGUGCAAAUGAAGGAACUUGUCAAGAUGGAAUCAAUAGCUUCACUUGCACUUGUCAAGCUGGAUAUUCUGGAGGCACCUGUCAAGAAGAUAUAGACGAUUGCUCUCCGAAUCCCUGUCAGAAUGAUGGAAAUUGUGUUGACGGCGUUGACUCAUUCAGUUGUGAAUGUAUUGAAGGUUACACGGGGGAAACAUGUGAAGAAAAUAUCAACGACUGCGAUCCUAAUCCAUGUCAAAAUGGCGGAGAAUGCUUCGAUGGAGUGAAUACGUUCACCUGCACAUGUGUCGCUGGAUAUUCGGGAGUGAAUUGCGAAGAAGAUAUUGAUGAUUGUUCACCGAACCCAUGUCAGAAUGGAGGUUCUUGCACAGAUGAAAUUAAUUCUUACACAUGCGAUUGCGCGCUCGGAUUUGAUGGGGCAAAUUGCGAAAACGACAUCGAUGACUGCACCCCAAACCCGUGCCAAAAUGGAGCGUCAUGUGAAGAUGGAGUGAACAACUUUAUUUGUGAUUGUUCAACUGGGUACACUGGCACUUUAUGUGAUGAAAACAUUAACGAUUGUUCACCAAAUCCUUGUCAGAACGGCGGUACCUGCACUGACGGAAUUAAUUCAUUUACAUGCAGUUGUAUUGAUGGCUACAACGGGACUUUGUGUACAACAGAUGUUGACGACUGCGCCACAAACCCUUGCAAGAACGGCGGAUUGUGUAAUGAUCAAAUAGGUUCAUUUUCAUGCAACUGCAGUGCCGGUUAUACCGGCGUUUUGUGCAGCCAGGAUAUAAACGACUGUUCACCAAAUCCUUGUAAGAAUGGAGCAAAUUGUACAGAUGGUGUUGAUUCGUUUACGUGCUCAUGCUUAGAAGGAUAUUCUGGAGAAACCUGCGAACAAGAUAUAGAUGACUGUUCUCCUAAUCCUUGCCAAAAUGGGGCGACGUGUAACGACCAUGUAGGUGGCUUUACAUGCAAUUGUGAAGAGGGAUAUAAUGGAACUAUGUGCGACAAAGAUAUUGAUGAUUGCGUUCCAAAUCCGUGUAAAAACGGUGCGACCUGUACCGAUGGAGUUAAUUCAUUUACUUGUUCAUGUGUGGCUGGAUUCAAUGGAACAACUUGCGACGAAGAUAUUGAUGAUUGUUCGCCGAAUCCCUGUCAAAAUAAUGGAGUCUGCACUGACCAAGUAGGCUCAUUCACUUGUGGCUGUGUUUCUGGAUAUAGUGGGUUGUAUUGCGAAGAAGAUAUUGACGAUUGUUAUCCGAAUAAUCCCUGUCAAAAUGGCGGAGUAUGUAAGGAUGGUGUGAAUUCGUUUACUUGCAGCUGUCUUCCAGGAUACAAUGGAACAACAUGCCAAAAUGACAUUGAUGAUUGUUCUCCAAAUCCAUGUCAGAAUGGGGGAAAUUGCUCAGAUGAAGUCAAUUCAUUUUCAUGUUCCUGUCUUCCAGGUUUUAUUGGAGCGCUUUGCGAUGGAGAUGUGAAUGAUUGUUCACCAAAUCCUUGCUUGAAUGGUGGAACUUGCAAAGAUGGAGUCAACUCGUAUUCAUGUGACUGCAUGCCUGGCUACGCAGGCGAAUCAUGCGAAAUUGAUAUUGAUGACUGUUCACCGAAUCCCUGCCAAAAUGGUGGAAUUUGCAUCGAUGAGGUAAAUUCGUUUUCGUGUAGUUGCAAGCCUGGAUUCAAUGGAUCACUGUGCGACCAAGAUGUUAACGAUUGUUUACCAAAUCCCUGCAAAAAUGGCGGAACAUGCACAGAUGGAGUUAACUCGUAUUCAUGUGAUUGUAUGUCUGGUUACGACGGAACGUUAUGCGAAAAUGAUAUUGAUGAUUGCUCACCGAAUCCGUGUCAGAAUGGUGGAAUUUGCACCGAUAAAGUGAAUUCAUUUUCCUGUGGUUGCAAACCAGGUUUCAACGGAUCAACAUGUGAUGAAGAUAUUGACGAUUGCAAUCCAAAUCCGUGUCAAAAUGGUGGAAUUUGUACCGAUCAAGUUGGUUCGUUCUCGUGCGGUUGCUUACCAGGUUUCAAUGGAUCAUGCUGCGAACAAGAUAUUAAUGACUGUUAUCCGAAUCCUUGCCAGAAUGGAGGAAGUUGUACGGAUGGCAUUAACUCUUACACUUGCACCUGUAUGACUGGUUACAACGGAACGAAUUGCGAGCAAGACAUUAACGACUGUUCCCCGAAUCCGUGCCUCAAUGGUGGAAUCUGUACAGAUCAAGUGAACUCAUUUUCGUGCAGUUGUGUUCCCGGUUUUAUCGGAGCAUUGUGUGAUGAAGACAUUGACGACUGCAUUCUGAGUCCUUGUCAAAAUGGAGGAAUUUGUAUAGACGGUUUGGGAUCUUUCACAUGUAAUUGUACAGCUGGUUAUGAAGGACCAUACUGUGAACAAGAAAUUACUACUACGCCAGUUCAAUUAUCCACAGUACAAACUUCUCCAAAAAUCAUUACAACGACAACCACAACGGAGAAAUCUGAAAAAGAUUCAGAUCCGAUAUCAACAACAACUGGAAGUGCUAACCGACCGGAGACGUUCUUGCUGCAGAUCACAGUACUCUGUGCACUGCAGUUUUUUCUUUCUAAAAUAAUAUUUUAGUCGACACUUAGUUUUAUGUGGUUCAAUCCACUAUAUGCAAAUGUUUUUAGUACACCCGUUUUCUAUUUUAGAUUGCACUUUUAGUAUUUUACUGCUAGUGUUUUGUAGUAAUUUUUGUCAAGUCGCCAAAAUGUAAUUUUCUAACCGUGACCACGCUAAGUCGACUGCUAGAUAAUACUACGAGUUUAUUUCACUGUAGCAACACUAUGCAUAAAACGUGUACCAUUAUAGUCAUUUCGUCUAUUUCAGUUUUGUGUGUAAAUCAUUAUGUGUAAGUGUUCCAGGUUUGAGAUUACAUAGUUCAUCAAUAAUUUCAUUUCACUACAAGUUCAUGAACGAUCGGUACAAAAGCAUUGUCUUGAAGGUCAACGUGUCCU